GCUCCUCCUCCUCCUCCUCCCCCCCUCCCGUCCCGGCGCGGGGUUGCGCCGCUCGGAGGGCCGAUCCGCGGGGCGGGACGCGGCGCUUCCGCCUCGGGGGAAACGGCGAUGGACGGUGGCGGCGGGGCGCUGGGGAAGAGGAGAGGCACCGCGCGGCCGCACGGCAAGCCCCGGCCGCAGUCCUGCCAGAGCCCCGGCGGGCUGCUCGUCACCGACUUCCCGGUGGAGGACAGGUGCGCCUUCACGCUCGCACAGCCCGCGGCCACCGUCAGCGCCGUGCCCCGGGGGGGUUCCCCGCGCCUCCCCGCCCGCGUGGGUUCCGAGCCGCCCGCCGGGCUGCUGGCGCUGCUCUCCAGCGCGUCCCUCGGCUUCGUCGCCAACGGCGCUUUCCCCGCACCCGGCGGCCCGCCGCCCCGAGGGGCUCGCGGAGAAGCCGAGGGCACCUCCCGUGCCAUGACCCCGGAGCGAGGCGUCGCACCCCCGGCCCCGCUCCCCGAGCAGCCCGCCGUCACGCUGAGCACCCACAGCCCCGCCGCGCUCAAGGUGGGCACGCAGCAGAUCAUCCCCCGCAGCCUGGCGUCCGACAGCAAGGCGACCCACAAGGGCGGCGGGCACCACAGCGCGGAUGCCGGCAGGAGGCUGCUGAAGGCGCGCAGCAUGGUGGAGAGCCCCGGGGUGCCGCUGGGCGCUGAUGAGGAAACGGAGGGUGAGCCGGACAGCCCGGGCGUGCUGCGGCGCGGCCUGCGCUCCACCUCCUACCGCCGGGCCGUGGUGAGCGGCAUCGACCUGGACGGCUCUGCCAACUUCAAGAAGAAAAACAGAAUGUCUCAGCCCAUACUGAAGGCCGUUGUUGAAGAUAAAGAGAAGUUUUCCAGCCUGGGGAGGACAAAGAAGAAAACGCUGAAAGGACAAGGGACGUUUGAUGGGGAAGAAAAUGCUGUGUUGUAUCAGAACUACAAAGAAAAAGCUCUGGACAACGAUUCUGAUGAGGAGUCUGAGCCCCGAGAGCAGAAAUCAGAUGAAAAGGUUGUUUUUCCCUAUAAGCCCCUGAGAUCAACAUGGAGUCAGCUAUCAGUUGUGAAAAAGAAUGGAUUAUCAGAAACGCUCAGCCAGGAAGAAAGAAAGAGACAAGAGGCCAUAUUUGAAGUGAUUUCUUCUGAGCAUUCUUACUUGUUGAGCUUGGAGAUUCUGAUCCGGAUGUUUAAAAAUUCUCGGGAGCUGAGCCUCACAAUGACCAAAACGGAGAGCCACCACCUGUUCUCCAAUAUUACAGAUGUUUAUGAAGCAAGUAAAAAGUUCUUCAAAGAGCUUGAAGCCAGACAUCAGAACAACAUCUUCAUUGACGAUAUUAGUGAUAUUGUGGAAAAGCAUUCUUCUUCAACAUUUGAUCCUUAUGUGAAGUACUGCACUAAUGAAGUCUAUCAGCAGCGAACGCUUCAGAAAUUGCUAGCUACAAAUCCAGCAUUUAAAGAGGUGUUGUCACGCAUUGAGUCCCAUGAAGACUGCAGGAAUUUACCGAUGAUCUCCUUCCUCAUUCUCCCUAUGCAGAGAGUUACUCGUCUUCCAUUGCUGAUGGAUACUAUUUGUCAGAAAACUCCUAAAGAUUCACCAAAAUAUGAGAACUGCAAGCAAGCCCUGAAGGAAGUGAGCAAGUUGGUGCGUUUAUGCAAUGAAGGUGCUCGAAAAAUGGAAAGGACAGAAAUGAUGUACACAAUUAACUCCCAGCUGGAAUUUAAAAUCAAGGUAUGGUUAAAUCAAGGAACCAAAAUCAUUUAUGAGGAGAGUUACAAUGUCACAGAUUAUUCCUUAAGGGAUCAGCUGGUGGUACAGCAGUGUGACAGUGAGGACCUGACCUCUUCUCCCAUGAAGAACACUUCAGCCAUGCUGUACUCACGGCAGAGCUCCCCAGUUCACCUCUUCAGACUGUCUGUCCUCAGUAACCAUGCAGGAGAGAAGGUGGAGCUGCUUCUGGGAACAGAAACCCAGAGUGAAAGAGCUCGCUGGAUUACAGUGCUUGGACAAGACAGAGACAGGCAGAGCACAGACAGAACCACUUUGACACAGGUAGAGAUCAUCAGAACUUACACAGCAAAGCAGUCAGACGAGCUGUCUCUUCAAGUUGCUGAUGUUGUUUUGGUUUAUCAAAAAGUAAAUGACGGUUGGUAUGAAGGGGAACGACUGCGGGAUGGUGAAAGAGGGUGGUUUCCCAUGGAGUGUGCAAAGGAAAUCACGUGUCGUGCCACGAUUGACAAGAACAUGGAGCGCAUGGGGCGGCUGCUGGGACUUGAAACAAACGUGUAGAUGAUUUCUGCAUCCUCAUAUUGUGCUGCAGGAUUUGCACUAAACUGCUGUCAGCAGAGGCACAGCUGCACACACUACAGUUCUUGCAUGGAAGACGUGAGGCACAGAUGCAUUGAAUACAGUGACAGCACUGAUACUUCAGAUAGCCCUUUUUGAUUCACGUUUUGAGAGCUCUGAACUGAUGCCUGGCUUGAGUAAGAGCAGUUUUUAUGAGAAUUAGGUUCCUGGGCAGUGGAGAUCAGCCAUACUUU